GGUGUGGCUGAAACGUGAACAAGGCCCACAGAUCAGAUGUUAAUGGUGGGAAGAGCUAACAUUUAUUGAGCACUUACUGAGUGCAGUGUGCUCAUCCCACUGAAUCUCACACUCUUCCCCUUAGGACAUCCCCGUUACCAGCUCAGGGACAGGUAAGUAAGCUGGGGUUUAGAGGGUGACAGCACUCGCCCAAAGCCCCACAGCUGGUAAGAGCCAGGGCUGAGCUUGCAGCCAGCUGUCUGGCUCCAGAGCCCGCCUUCUUAACCAGACAUCCGUGUCCUCAUCAAGCUUCCAGUUUACCUCCCAGGCCCACCAUCUCGUCAGACCCUACUAAGGGCUCAGACUGAGGAGCAGUGGCCCAGGCCCAGAUACUUGCCGCAGACCUGCGCUUGUAUUCGCUGCAGACUGAGAGCAGCACAUCACCUGAGAGAUGCCAGGUGCUUUGCGGCUGUUACUUAUGGACUCCUCGCAGAAGCUGAGGUUCAGCAAGGCACCAUGGCCCGGAGCAGGGCGCUGCUGCUCCUGCUGCUGUUGCCUCCACAGCUGCAGCUAGGACUGGUGCUCGCGGUGAGGGCCCCUGUGUUUGGCCGAAACGGCGCCCACAACCUGAGCCCUGAAGAGAACGAAUUUGUGGAGGAGGAGCCAGUGCUGGUCCUGAGGCCUGAGGAGCCGGGGCCUGGCCCAGCCACCAUCAACUGCCCCCGAGAUUGUGCCUGCUCCCAGGAGGGUGUCGUGGACUGUGGCGGUAUCGACCUGCGCGAGUUCCCAGGGGACCUGCCUGAGCAUAUCAACCACCUGUCCCUGCAGAACAACCAGCUGGAGAAGAUCUACCCAGAGGAGCUCUCCCGGCUGCAUCGCCUGGAGACUCUGAACCUUCAGAACAACCGCCUGACAUCCCGAGGGCUCCCCGAGGAGGCGUUUGAGCAUCUGACCGACCUCAAUUACCUGUACCUGGCCAAUAACAAGCUGACCUUGGCACCCCGAUUCCUGCCAAAUACCCUGAUCAGUGUGGACUUCGCUGCCAACUAUCUCACCAAGAUCUACGGGCUCACCUUUGGCCAGAAGCCAAACUUGAGGUCUGUGUACCUGCACAACAACAAGCUGGCAGAUGCCGGGCUACCAGACAACAUGUUCAACGGUUCCAGCAACGUCGAGAUCCUUAUUCUGUCCAGCAACUUCCUGCGCCAUGUGCCCAAGCACCUGCCGCCGGCCCUCUAUAAGCUGCACCUCAAGAACAACAAGCUGGAGAAGAUCCCGCCAGGUGCCUUCAGUGAGCUGAGCAACCUGCGGGAGCUGUACCUGCAGAACAACUACCUGACUGAUGAGGGCCUGGACAAUGAGACCUUCUGGAAGCUCUCCAGCCUGGAGUACCUGGAUCUGUCCAGCAACAACCUGUCGCGGGUCCCGGCCGGGCUGCCGCGCAGCCUGGUGCUGCUGCACCUGGAGAAGAACGCCAUCCGCAGCGUGGACGCGGACGUGCUGACCCCCAUCCGCAGCCUGGAGUACCUGCUGCUGCACAGCAACCAGCUGCGCGCGCACGGCAUCCACCCGCGGGCCUUCCAGGGCCUCAAGCGGCUGCACACCGUGCACCUGUACAACAACGCGCUGGAGCGCGUGCCCAGCGGCCUGCCCCGCCGCGUGCGCACCCUCAUGAUCCUGCACAACCAGAUCACGGGCAUCGGCCGCGACGACUUUGCCACCACCUACUUCCUGGAGGAGCUGAACCUCAGCUACAACCGCAUCACCAGCCCGCAGGUGCACCGCGACGCCUUCCGCAAGCUGCGCCUGCUGCGCUCGCUGGACAUGUCUGGCAACCGGCUGCACACGCUGCCGCCGGGGCUGCCCCGCAACGUGCAUGUGCUGAAGGUCAAGCGCAAUGAGCUGGCUGCCCUGGCACGCGGGGCGCUGGCCGGCAUGGCCCAGCUGCGUGAGCUCUACCUCACCGGCAACCGGCUGCGCAGCCGGGCUUUGGGCCCCAGUGCCUGGGCCGACCUUGCCCAUCUGCAGCUGCUGGACAUCGCUGGGAAUCAGCUCACAGAGAUCCCCGGGGGACUCCCUGAGUCCCUCGAGUACCUGUACCUGCAGAACAACAAGAUUAGCACCGUACCUGCCAAUGCCUUCAACUCCACACCCAACCUCAAGGGGAUCUUUCUCAGGUUUAACAAGCUGGCCGUGGGCUCUGUGGUGGAAAGUGCCUUCCGGAGGCUGAAGCACCUGCAGGUCUUGGACAUAGAAGGCAACUUUGAGUUUGGUGACGUUUCCAAGGACCGGGAUCGAUUGAAAGAGGAGGAGGAAGAAGAGGAGGAGGACGAGGAGGAUGAGGAUGAGGAGGAAGAGGAAAGGCGAUAGUGACCAGGACGAUGGACAUCGGCCCCCUUUCUGCAGCACGUGCCUGUGCCCUGUGAGCCUCCACUCUGCCACCCUCGACACAUCCAGCAUUGCACCCCCAUGCCCCCCAACACAAACUGAACACACUGUCUCCCGUCCCGACACCUUCCUGCAGUUUGUGCCACAGCCAGACACUUGCAGAUACCACGACCCACCUACACACAGCCCGCUGCACAUUGCCCUCCAAACUCUACCCUCCCCACUUCUGAAUCACACAGAUUCAGGGAAGGGCCUGACCCCACCCUGGCGUGCACGGGCUCACACUUCCUACUCCACACACACGCAUGCACACGCACACACGCACACACGCACGCACGCACGCACACACAGUCACAUGCAAACAGCCCUCCUUGGCCUAUGCCACAACAGCUCUUGCCCUAGCCAGAAGUGGCCAGAACAUCUUGUCACCUGCCUGUCCGUCAGUCUGUCCAUCCUCUGGAGAAGACACAGAGUUAUGUCCGAGCUCUCUGCGGCCAGGUGCCUACUACCCUCUGGAACUCACAAAAGCUGGCUUUUGUUCCUUCUCCCUCCCUCUGGGGACGGGAACCUUCAGGACUGCUGCCCCGGCCCCACCCGCCCUGCCCCCAGCUGCUGGGGGAGUCACUCCCUGCCAUUCCCUGGCCAGCCACAGGUACGUCUUGGAUGGGCAAGGCCAGAGGACAGUUCUCCUGGGCCUGCCACGGUCCAUGGGCAGGAGUGAGUGGAGGUCCUGGCGCUGGGCUGAGUGAGGAAGGGCCGGCCCCACCCAGGAGACACCACUUUUACUCUUCGGGCCCGCAGGGAGUGCUGGGUACCUUUUUUUUUUUUUUAAGAAAAAAGUGAAAACCUCAAAGCUGAUUUUUUUUUCUACAGAAAAACUAAUAUAAAAGCAUUAGCCCUGUCUGGCAGCCCGUGGCUGUGUCUGUUUGUGCUUCCUGCCAGGUGCUGAGCUGGCACCCGGCCAGGGUGGGCAGGACACAAGCAUCUCAGCACCCGUCCAGACCAGCAGGAGUCAGUGCAAAGCUCAGCCCUUGGGGCCAACAGAGUAGUCCCGUAGGCAGAGGUCUGGGGACAAAGGGUGUAGUCACAGGAAAGCCAGCCUGAAGGCAUGUGCGCCCCAUCAGCAGGGUGGGGGUCAGCAGGUCCAGUGGGUCUGUGAGCUCACUGUGCACUCCCAGAGGCUGAGCAUCCGAGCAAAGGACCGACGGUGGCUGUGGGCUGCUCAGGGCUCACCUGGAGGGUCGCCUGUGCGCUGAGUGGACAUUCCCGACGGGGUCUGUCCCAUAGAGGACAGCUGAGGUGGGAAGGGGACCCGAGACAGGCCUGGGAGCUGGAGCAGAGCCUUGGGAAGAGGUGCAGACGUGCCCAGGUGCCUACCACCCCAACAGGGCCAGAGCAGGAUGGGGUGUGGUGGGGACAGCACCUGCUCAGAGCAGAGAAGAGUCUGACAGGCAGAGCUGCCCUGGAUGGAUGCCCAGGAGUCAGUGACCCCGCUGCUAGGGUGUGUAAGCACACUGCUGGGGCAGACUCCACUGCUCAGAGGGCCUUAGGCCUGACGGUGGGCGUGACCAGAGCGGGACAUCUGACCUGUCCUAGCUGCUUAUCCCUAAUGAAGGCAGGAUGUUCCCAUAGUAGGCAGGGGAUCCUCAGACAAUGGCCCUGGGAGGAGGGUGGGAAGUAGUUCAGGAACUGGGGACUGGGAGGCAGGUGCCUUCUUGAUUCUCUGAGUGACCUUGGGAGGCCUGUUCCUCCCCUGGCUUCAAUGUCUUUAUGGCUCCACAGUGCAAGCCCCUCCCCCCACUCCUCCCCC